UGGUCAUUAGUCAGAGCGAUCUCCGACGGUGCGGACCGUUCGUUCAGUGCGAAAACCUUACGCAAUCCUAAUCAAUUAUCAUCCAUUCUACUGUCCAAGCGAUAUUAUCUACAUUAACUAUAUUUUAUCUAUAAACCUUGCCGUCCGUGUACGUUAAUAAAUAAUAAUAACAAUAUCGUCUAUCGAGUACUUUGUCUCUGCACUCUCUUGUCGCCUCUGCAAAGUUCAAAUCGUUCACGGUUGUUACACAGCAGCAAUUCGUCAGUCGUUCGUAGUCCGAAUUCCCUCUAUCCGGGCCUGGAGAGUAACGUUUAGUCGUCGUCUGCACUCCGGACUCCGCAAUCGCCACCCAGCAACUUGGUCGCCACUAGAUCCAUCUGCAACAACUACAAUGUUGAUGAUUGCUCAUACGAACGCAGUAAGUGCGCCAUGUAAUCGUUUGGUACCGUGAAUGCAUUCCAAACAAUUUCAACGAUCGGCUUAUAUACGUCCGUAGGUCACAUACAUCUGCAACUGUCAUCUAGGUGUCCCGACUUGGUGACUGUUUGGUUUUUUGAUGGCCCUACUCUUCAUAUAGAGUACAUCAAUUCUUAUAUUAUCUGUAACAUUGGCCAGUAUGAGAAAUUUGAUGAGUUUCAUUCAACUGAUUGUGUUGUUUCUGCCGUUUGCAUUAUCUGCGAGUCCAAAUUGGAUGUAUUUAGGUAUAAUAGGAAUACCACCACCUCUUCAACAGCAACAAGCAUCACCAGGUUCAGAAAUCGAGGAUCCAGAAAUAGUUCAAGCCAGGGCUGUUUGUGGUGCCUUGCCAGGUUUAGCAUCAAAACAGGUGGAUGUGUGCAUGAAGCAUCCAAAUGCUAUAUACUCAGUAUCUGAUGGAGCUAAAAAAGCCAUUGAACAGUGUCAACUUCAAUUUCGUCAUGAACGAUGGAAUUGUUCAGUUAUGGAAAAUGAACAAAGUGUAUUUGGUCCCACACUGGACAAAGGUAGUAAAGAGACUGCCUUUAUCUACGCUAUCACUAGUGCAGGUGUAGUGUAUUCAAUUACAAAUGCAUGCAGUUCAGGAAGAUUAACUGAAUGUAGUUGUGACUCUAUGCAGCAUGGACAAACGACACCUGAAGGAUGGAAAUGGGGAGGUUGCAGUGAUAAUUUGCGUUUUGGAUUGCAAUUCUCUCGAAAAUUUGUUGAUGGUUCUGAACCCAAUCGUCCGGAUAAUUUCAAAACCACAAAACAAAAAAGAAUCUGGUCUAAUCGCCUCAAAAUGAAUUUGCAUAACAACGAAGUAGGCCGACAGAUUGUAAUGUCGUUAAUGAAAAUGCAUUGUCGUUGUCAUGGUGUAUCUGGAUCAUGUGAACUAAAAACCUGUUGGAAAUUUAUGCCAUCGUUCAAUGAGAUUGGUAAUGAACUCAAACAGAAAUAUGGAAAGGCUAUUCUUAUAAAUCAUACUACGAGCGAUUUACAAAAGAAAAACAGUACUAUGCAUAAGAAGAGAGAGCCCAGAGCUUUGAAGAGACUAAAAAAACGAAUGUUAAUUGAAUCAAAAGAAUUGGUGCAUAUACAGAAGUCACCAAACUAUUGUAAACAAGACUUUGAAAAUGGAGUACUGGGUACAGAAGGUCGCAAGUGCAACAUUACAUCUACUGGGCCGGAUUCUUGUAAUAAACUGUGUUGUGGUCGUGGUUAUAUCACUAAGGUUGUGAAGGAAGAGGAACACUGCAAUUGCAAAUUUGUUUGGUGCUGUUACGUUAAAUGCGAUAUCUGCUACAAAAACAUUGAACAAAAAUCUUGUAAAUAAAUACAUGAAAUUGAACAUGUACUUGAAAUUAAAUUUUAUAUGAUUGCUUCAAAAAAAAAUCUUUAGUCUGUUGUUCUUAUGUAUAAAUGCAACUUUGCAUUCAAUUAAUAGAAAUAAUGUAAUACAUUUUCAAAAACAUAUCAGUAAUAAUUAAAAUCAAGCACAUGCUACGACGUUAUGAAUAUUUUUAUCCCAUUUGUACGUUUCCAAUCUCCCCUAAUGAAACACGUCUUCCACAAUUGAUGAUUAACUUUCGCUUGCACUCGCAUACUCUGUAGUAUACGAAAGCACAUUGUGUAGCAUUUAGGGCAUUAAAUAUUAAUAUUUAGUUUUAAAAUAUAAUGAUGUAUAAGAAUGUAACAUUAUUCCUUCAUAUAUUAAAUUAUUAUUCAACUAAAA